AUGGUUGAGGGAAAGAUUUCAACCGGAGGCGCGAAGAAAUUCCCACCAAGAAAGGAUAAGGAGGCCGCAAUUGAAGUAGCACUUGUGCAAGAGCCCCAUUUCCCUCGGCCAACCGCAACACCCGCGCACAAGCCUACGAUGGUUCCAGGUAGUUCAUCACAAGCAUUCGAUAAUGGCAAGAUGCCGUUUCGAAAGGGGUUUUCUCCACUACCACGCCCGCUGUCAAAGUUAUUGCCCAUGCUUCUUGAAAAGAGGAUGGUCGCAAAGGAGGUGCCUAGAGAUAACCCCCCAAGGUUCGCCGGAUUCAAUAUAACCAAGACCUGUGAAUAUCACAUGGGAGAAAUGGGGCAUGAUGUAGAUAAUUGUCACAUGCUAAGAUACAAAGUUCAACAGCUUCUAGACAAGAACAUAUUGACUUUCAGGGAAGCUCAGCCCAAUGUGCAACAGAACCCUCUACCAAAUCAUGUAAGGGGAGUGAACUCAAUUUCCGAGGACACACGGGCGAGUCAGCAACCUCUAGUACUGGAUGCUUCCGAGUCGUAUGAAUCCCUAGUGCUAGUGGGAUACUAUGAAGGCCAGGAGGAUGUGACCCUAGAAGAGAGAUUGAACCGCGUCCGUAGGAUGAUAACCAUGGGAGUAAUCAGACGCGGAGAAGAGGAAGAGAAGGUCGUAUCCGUGACAAUGCCAUCAUCAUUCCGCUCAUCUUUCUACAACUUUGCUGGUAUGCCUCGGGCGAGGAAGGCUAUGCAUGGAAUUUUGAAGACCCCAGCUUUAUACGAGGAAGGGUUGAUAGCUAUGAUUACCCCAAUGGUGAUUGAAUUGUCCGAUGAGGAGCUCGUAGGCGAUAUCGAGCUGGAAAUUGCUGAACCCACAGUGAUCGACCUUAUGGUCGAAGAGAUGUCGACAAUCGAAGUCACGGGAGGAAACACAAUGCCGGUCACGAUUGAAUUGCCUCCCCAGGAGGAAGACGGAAUGGUAAUGCUGGAGUAUCCUCCCAAAUUCGAUUCCAAAGCUGUACCUUGGGGUUACGGAACAAAUGAGGUAGAUGCUGUCACGCGAUCAGGCCGCUGUUACGCACCUGAUAAGGGAAUAGAAAAGAAGGCCGUGACCGAGGAGGAGGCAAAGCAAUUUUUGGCGGUAGUAAAGUCUAGUGAGUUCAACGUGGUGGAUCAACUGCGGAAGUUGCCGGCUCAAAUCUCCCUCCUAGAAUUAUUCAAAUCUUCCGAGAAGCAUAGGGACAUCUUGCUAAAAGUCCUUAACGAGGUGCAUGUGCCAGAGUCAAUUGAUGAAGUCCAAUUAGAGGAGUUCGUUGGGGCCGUUCUAUUAAAAGAUCAAAUUUCCUUUACUGAUGAAGAUCUCCCCCCCGAUGGUCCUAAUCAUACCAAAGCGCUACAUAUCUCGGUGAAACAUGAAAGCACUCUUGUUUGCAGAGUAUUGAUUGAUAACGGUUCGGCACUCAAUAUAUGCCCGUUGGCCACUCUCCACCGUCUUGGCAUUGACCUUGGGAGAAUCCGUACUAGCAAGUCGACUGUACGGGCUUUUGAUGGGAUGAAGAAGGAUGUGAUAGGGGAAAUUGAGCUUGAGCUGCUAAUUGGCCCUGUACUUUUCCAAGCCGUGUUCCAGGUGUUAGAUAUACCAAGUGCUUUUAAUUUUUCUGCUAGGAGACCGUGGAUCCACACAAAGAAAAGGUGCGGUUGCCUCCGGCCUCCAUCGAAAGUACGAUUUGUGGUGGACAAUGGGCUUAUCACGAUCCAUGGAGAAUCCGACUUCAAGAUCUAUCACGAGACAGCCAUCCCCUAUGUGGAGCCGAGUGUACCGAGGAAUCCAGCUUUCAAACCCUCGAGCUGGUAUCCAUGGUCCAUGUACCUGUAG